AUGCUUCAGGUAAUCGCCAAGAGUUAUGAAGCUCACAGAAGCUUCUUUCUCGGGGGUUACAAGAGGCUUUUAGGAGCUAUUAUUCUCGUUGUUGUUAAUUCUGCUCCCUCGAUCUUCGACGACUCGAAACCCCGCCGCGAUAAAACCACUCAUCACAUGACAAAGAUGCCUCCAUUUUUGUGUAAUGAGAUCUGGAACCUUGUAUUCUCCAACUUCGAGGAUACCAUAGAUGUCGAUGAUGGAUCAGAUCAUGGCCUUUAUCCAUCCCCGAAAGACACUGAUAUUCCAACUCUUAAAUCACUGUGUCUUGUCAGCCAUCAGUUUUACAGAUUGGCCAGGCGAAAUCUGUAUCAUACCAUAUCGAGCGGAAAGCUACCCGACCAACAGAAUAAUACAAAGAUGUGUUUACUUGCCCGUACGCUCCUCUUAAACCCGGAGCUCAGGUCGGAAAUCCGUGCGAUCGAUCUGAGUUCCUCAGGAAACUGGAAAGCUCCCUUGGUCAACAGUGAGUUUUGGCCACCAAGCAUUGAACGGGUUGAGCCUACUCAGCUCCGAGACUUGCUGAGGGGAGACAUAGAAAGACACUCUGCCACCGAGGCUGGGACAUGUUUUCUUCUGGCCCUCAUGCCAAAGCUUCGGAUGGUCGUAUUGACAGACCCCCAGACACAUUCCAAGGCACUGACCUGGAUCCUAGGGGGAAAGAUGAAGACACCCCAGCCUGGCACAGCAGAUCGACCAGAACCAGUUGCGAACUACCUCGGUCAGCUAGAAGAAAUACACUGGUCGCCAUUACGGGCCAAAUCAGAAGACCCGGAUACUUGUAGUACAGAACAUUUACUACUCCUUCCCAGUAUCAAGCGACUCUUCCUGUCACCUUUUGCACCUAACCUCACUAUUAGUCCUCCCAUGGUUCCAGAUCUUCAGAGCGGGCUACGGAGUUUGACACUCGACGGUGGUAUGAUCAGGCCCGCCUUCCUACACUACAGUCUUUCUCGGUGCAAGGCCUUACAAUACUUGGACCUGGAUCUUACAGAUUGCUACGACGUAAAUGAAGAGGAUUUGACGGUGAACCUAUACGACUUUGGAAGAAUUCUCAGAGAGUUUGGACAGGCCCUUGUCAGCCUCAGGCUGAGAUUUUACGAUUGCGAAGAGUACGCACAAAGCAGGAUUGGCUCUCUACAAGGGCUUAAGCGCCUCCGACAUCUUUCAGCUCCAAUAUUUGUACUUGCAGGUACAUUGAUGGACGCAGUCCCGCUAUCGGAGGUCUUGCCUGAAUCCGUUGAGACGCUUGAAAUGGAUUUCGUUGAUGUGUGUAGGGUGGCAAAUUGUGACACUCUGGCAACAAUGUCUGUUGCUAACGAUGACCGAGUGAUUCGCUUCCUUUACAACAACCAAUUACCCAAACUACAGGAAGUUGUAUAUGGUUUUUAUAUUGACGGCGAGAAUGACAGGAUCACUAACUUCACUAAAGUUGAGGGCUGGAGUGUCAAGAACGAGGCACGACUACGGCGCUCGUUUGCGGGAGAGCCUUAUUCUGGGAGGCUUGAGCUAGUACGCGGAGAAUAG